GUGUUUGAGGAACUCUGUUUGAGUCAACACAGCUGAAUUCACUCAGAUAAGAACCCACAACUCCAAGACUUUCCGAAAGCAUACCUUGCCGGCAAACAUGACUGAACUGAAGAGGGAAAUCUUUAAUCUCAAGGAGGUGAAAACCAUUAGCGUAUACAUAGGUAAUGCGGUGAGAUGGUGUGGAUCAAUGAAGAAACGUCCAAUAUCAACGGCUCAAGAGGCUCUGGAUUGCCUCAAAGCUGCUUUGUUUGAGUGGGGUUCAAAGUUCAAUUCUGAUCAAACGGAAGGCCGGGGGUUACCCAAACACCUUGUCUGUAAUCUUAUUCAGCCCACAGAGAGGAUUGACCCUAAUGAGAGAGAGGAUAUCCGAAUAUCAGCCAAACUGUUCAUCUGUAAAGCUGACACAAUGUUUGUUAAAGAGGCUGUGACGAGAGCCUGUUUGGAGCUAGGAAUCAGCCAGCUGGAUUCUGUAAUCCUCGCAGUUGCUGCCCUAUCAGAAGGGCACCGACCAACUCUGGAGGACCUGAAGCCUUAUUGGAAAGAACUGGAGGACUUGGUCCAAGAGCAGAAGAUUGCGUCCAUCGGAGUUUCAGACUUGGACCAGGAAGUGUUGGAAGCUUUGUGCCAGCACACUCAGGUACGACCUAGCAGUUUACAGGUGAACCUGGCCUCUUGCUGUGUAAUACCACCUGACCUUGCUGCCUUCGCCAAUGAGAACAACAUCCAACUGCUAACCCAUAAUGACCCUGCAGGCCUUAUCCAUCCAGAUAUGCUUCCGGUGGGAUCUUUCCAAGAUGCCUUGUGUGCCAGCCUGCAGGACCCUCAUGACAAUGAGUGGGUGCCACAUUGGAUCCUUCGCUACUCAGCAGUCAUUAAGCACAGAGGAAUCAUCAAGUCAAAGGGUUACAUGGUCCAUGCCAAGAAACAGGUGACACAACAGCAAUGAAAAUGCCUCAAGGACAUUUGGAUUUGAUUCUGCCCAGUCUGGUUCUGACUCACUCAAGUUUGGAAAGCUCCAGGAAGAUACAAAGCCCUGGGAAAGGAUAUGUGUGAGAAAUAUCACUCUUUUCUCUCUUUUUUUAAAAACUUGGCUUUCGAUUUUUUUUCUCUCUCUGUGACUGUUUACAGCUACCGAAACUGUUUUUUGAAAUUGUUUGAUGCGAAGAAAACAUCUACCAAUGACUAAAGCUGGUUACUCCAACUCCAGUUGAGCGUUACUGUUUAAUUACACUCCCAGGACACAGGAUGCCAUGUUAUGGAAUAUCAAAGCAAUUCCUACAUUUCCAUAGCACUUUUCAUGACCUCCAGGAUGACCCCACAGUCAACCUUUUACCUUGAAGCUCUGGUCAAUAUUGUGUACACAUUAAGACACCCAGAAACAACAGUGUGAUAAACUGAUCAGUAAUCUCAGUUCAGGGAUGGGAAAAUAGGGGAACUAGAGAGAAUUCAAUUCCAGAAAAAGAAACAAAGAGAGGGAAAAUAAAUUAAUAGAGAGGAAUAAAAGGGACAGAAAGGAAAAGUGGCAAAAUAAUCAAAAUAUUUAAAACUGUAAUGUUUUAAAAUGUUGUUGGAAAGAUUGACUACCUGAGAUAAUGAGAUUGCUCAGGUUAAAUUGCUCCCUUUCUGGGCCAAUUGAGUGGCUUUGCAUUAAAUUAUCAUAUUGUGAAUAGGAUAUUAAUGCCAAUUAGGCUGAGACCUAACUUACUCAAGUGAAUUUCUACAAUUAAUGCAGAAAGUAUUUAAAAAUAACAGGUGCUUUACCACAAAAGAUGGUGGCAAGCCAAGCAUAAAACAUUGUAGAAUCGAGAAGCUGGUGCUGCAGAUUUGCAAUGCACACAGUUGCUCCCCUCAAUUUCCUCAUUUGUACAUUACUAACAGUCCUUUGUGUUAACUGUGAUUUGAUCCCACCUCACAGAAAAGCAAGGGAGCGGGUGUUACGGUCAAUAUUUAUCACCAACCCACAUCAGAUAAAGAGACGGACUGGUCGUUAUCAGAUUGCCGGUUGUGAGAUCUUGCUGUGAGCAAAUUGCCUGUGGUAUUUCCUACAUUACAACACUUUAAACACAACACUGAAUUGUCUGUAAAGCAUUUUGUGAAGCUAUAAAAAUGCAAUAGUGGGUGUAUUUCCACAGCUAAUGGACUGCAGUAACUGAAGAAGCCAGCUCGUCAGAACCUUCUCAAGAGCGAUGAAUGCCAGCAAUGCCCACAUCCCUUUCUAUUUCCUAUCAAGGGAUGUGGGUGUUGCUGGUUAUGCAAUCACUCAUUGCCCAUCUAUAAUUAUCCUUGUACUGAGUGGCUUGGUGCACCAUUUUGGAGGCGAGUUAAAAACUCCAUUGGUGGAGGUUAGUAAGCUGAGGUGGCUUAGUUUGUGAUGCAGAGUGAAACUAUGCCAACAGUGCAGGUUCGAUUCCCGCAUACGCAGAGGUUACCAUGAAGGACUCCACUUCUCAACCUCUCCCCUCACCUGAGGCAUGGUGACCCUCAAGUUAAACUAUCACCAGUUGCCUCUCUUUCUAACUGACGGAGCAGACUUAUGGCCUGGUAGGAUAAUGGUGACUUUAGUUAAUAUACAGCCAUGACAUUCACAGGCAUGUAGGGGCCUGAGCUGGUUACAACAAAGCAGUAUGCUUUUAAUGGUGUGCCAUGCUUCAGGUGAUUGGAGUUAAGAUGGAGCUCAGAUUACUAGUCUGACUUAAUCCUUGUCCAGCAAAGGCCUGGUCCCAAGAUGCAGAUUAGGGAGGGACAACCCACACAAAAUCCUUCUACAUCCAGGUUACAUCAUAUGAUGCAUAGCGCAACAUCACGAGAUGUCUCUUAAAGGUAUACCGCCAUACUGUGUCCCUUAAAGGUAUACUGCCAUACUGUGCCUCUCAAAGGUAUACUGCCAAACUGUGCCUCUCAAAGGUAUACCGCCAUACUGUGUCUCUUAAAGGUAUACCAUCAUACAGUGUCUCUUAAAGGUAUACUGCCAUAAUGUGUCUCUUAAAAGUAUACCACCAUAAUGAACUUCUGAAAGAUAUAACAACAGACUGUGUCUCCUAAAGAUAUACUGCCACACUGUAUCUCUUAAAGGUUUACCAUCAUAUUGUGUCUUUUAAAGGUAUACCGCCAUACUGUGUCUCU